AUGGAUGGCGAAAUAGUUAAAGACUACUUUCCAGUAUAAGGAAUUAGUGGCACAUUUGGGUAUAUAGCACCAGAAUUUUUCUAAAACAUUUUGUACACUUUUGAGUGUGAAGUAUUCUCAGUUGGAGUUUGUCUUGCUUUAUUAGAUAAUUUUGAGAAACUAGAACCUGUUGUUUUAAAAAAAGCACAAGAUUACUUUUUUGGAUUCAAAAUACCUUUUGAAUAAAAUUUUCAUGUAAAAGAAGAAUUAAUAAACAGAAAGAGUUAGAUUUAUGACAUCCUACUACAAACUGUUGUAUUUCAACCAAAGUAAAGGAAACCCUUAUCUUAGAUACUCCUUAACUUUUAAAAAUAAGGAUACUAUUAUUAUUCUCAAAUUUUUUCUCAAAUUUCAACUGUCACUUCAGAUCUUAAAUAUUUGAAAAUACUUUCUCUUGAUCACAAAAAUUAAAAAUUACUUAAAGGUGAUGCUAGAAAAAUCGCUUCCGAAAUAGCUAAAUGUCCUACUCUCUCCACUUUAAGCCUUUACCUCUAGUAAAACAACAUAGGCUCAGAUGGGGCGAAAGCAGUUGCUUCCGAAAUAGCUAAAUGUCCUACUCUCUCCACUUUAAGCCUUGACCUCUAGUUAAACAACAUAGGCUCAGAUGGGGCGAAAGCAGUUGCUUCCGAAAUAGCUAAAUGUCCUACUCUCUCCACUUUAAGCCUUUGGCUAUAUAACAACAACAUAGGCUCAGAUGGGGCGAAAGCAGUUGCUUCCGAAAUAGCUAAAUGUCCUACUCUCUCCACUUUAAGCCUUGACCUUAGUAACAACAACAUAGACUCAGAUGGGGCGAAAGCAGUUGCUUCCGAAAUAGCUAAAUGUCCUACUCUCUCCACUUUAAGCCUUUGGCUAUAUAACAACAACAUAGGCUCAGAUGGGGCGAAAGCAGUUGCUUCCGAAAUAGCUAAAUGUCCUACUCUCUCCACUUUAAGCCUUGACCUUAGGUCUAACAACAUAGGCUCAGAUGGGGCGAAAGCAGUUGCUUCCGAAAUAGCUAAAUGUACUAUUCUUUAAGAUUUAAGGAUUGAUUUAAGGAAUAAUAAAUUAAAUGGGGAAUUUUAAUUUGUAAAUCUUUUACCAAAAGAUAUUAAAAUAAGAAUUUAACAUUGA